UCCUUGAUGUGAGAGUGACUUCCCUUGAGAAAGUUUCAGCAAUGGAUAUCGCGGUGUAUGAUAGAAUUCGCGGAGGGUAUCGAGUAUUCAUAGGGGAUCUCGGGCCAAGAAUUGGCAAAUACGAACUUGAAAAAGAAUUUAAACAGUAUGGACCAAUUACAGAUACAUGGGUGGCAAGGAAUCCACCAGGAUUUGCUUUUCUGGUAUUCAAAUAUGCUGAAGAUGCUGAAAGCGCUGUAAAAAAGCUGCAUGGAAGACAUGUUUGCGGUAGAAGAAUUAGAGUGGAACAUGCUCGCCCAUUCGAGGAACGUCGUAGGUUACAGAUGGAGGAGCGUAGGGGUUCAUACAGACGAAGAUAUUCCAGGUCAAGGUCACGUGAUAGACAUAGGUCAAGGUCGCGGUCACGUGAUUGUCGAACAUCAAGGUCAAAGGAUCGAAGAUCAAGGUCAAGAGAGCAUAAGAGAUCAAGAUCACAUUCCAGGUCAAGGAAGUCAAAGAGGUCAAGGAGAAGUAAAUCAAGAUCGAGAUCUGGCUCACGUAAAAGAAGAGAUUCACGCAGGUCUGGUUCUGCUGACAAGAAAAGUAAAUCACCCAGUCCUAAACCAGAGAAUGGAGACGCAACCAGGGAAAAAUCAAAGAGUCAAAGUCGUGAUAGAUCAUCUGAAAGGAAGAAAUCAGAGUCUGAAGAUACUGAUAUAAAAAGAGAUAGACGGUCACCAAGUGAAACCAAGUCGGAAGAUGAAAGACAAAACUCUGUAGCUGAAGGAGACAAGGAGAAUGGUGUGAAAAAUAGGGAAGAUGAGAGUGAUUGAUAUAUUUUAGACAUAGAGGGGGAGAGUAAAGUGAAACCAGGGGUAUAACUUUAUACAUGUCACAGUGAUUACAGAGAAAGCAGACUAUAGCAUGUGAUAUUUGGCUACAUUAUAGACAUGGGUGCACAUAAUAUAUGAUAAUAUAUAUACUGUAGUGCUGAUAGACAGAAACUUUCAUGUAGAGUUACAGUUGUUAUAUUUAUAUCAAAACAGUAUUGUCAGAAUUAACUAAGGUGUAACAAAGAAAUGUAGCUCAACCUGUAUAGAAUACUAACCUUUUGAUAUUCAUGUUACAUCAUACUCCAUAAUAUGAAAUUCUGAUUUAUCGUAAAAUGAUUUUGAUUAUAAACUAGAUGAAUUAUUUUUGAAAAUUUUAGUAAUUUCAUGAGAAAGUAACAGAUUUUGAUGUUCCAAUGAAAUUUUGAUAUUUAAUGAUGAUGAUAAUGUUUAAUAUGUAGAAAUAAAUUAUGUUUGAUAUAUAACAAUAUUUAUGCAACUAAGUUGCAAGAUAUACAUGUAUAUGUAUGAAUGUAAAGUAUCCAUGUAAUUGUUUUACCAUUAAAUUUCUUACUGCCAUUAUUUUAUAGAAUAUGGCCUUGUAUGUUUUACAAGUUAAGUGUGCUUCUGUUCUUAAGUUAGAAAUAGAGAAAUCUUGUUGUUAUAGAGAUUAAUUGUUGCUACAGGAAGACACAAAGCAGUGAUUGCCAUAUGAUAUGCCAAGACUUCAAAACAAAUUAUGUUAUCAUAUUAUAUGUAUGUAGACAAUAAACUCUACCUUAUUAAGGUUACACCAGACAUUCCAGAAAGCUUUGAAUGUCACAAGUGGCAGGUCAUUGCUUGUGAUUUUCAAAGUUAUCGCUACACCCAGUCAGCAUUUACAGUCCAAGAAUAUCCAUGUGUAAUUAUAUUUUAAAAUUCUAGAAUAUUUUUGGACAAUAAAAUUAGAAUAUUGAUUCUUGCCUCAAAUUUUUAAUGAGUUUAUCUGUUGCUGUUCUGGGAAAUCUGAUGUUUACAAUAUAUUAUCUGAUUGUGUUAAAAUUCAUGACUUGGAUAUUUUUUGUUCCAUUACAAAAUAAUAAUUUUUCUAAAGUUUUUGAAUAUACGUGUAUCAGUAUAUCAGUAUGAAUUAAUAUUCUAGUGGGGUGGGGGGAAAUGAUGAUACUAUGUAACAAAAAAAAAUCCAUGAAAAUUUGAAUUCAUUCAAAAGACAACGCCUGCAGUGUUGAGUAGAAAAGCUAAUAGUAUAUACUAUGGUUUGUCUUUUCAUCUGUCAUUCUACUAUUUCUUAAUAUCAAUGGGACAAGAUCACAGGGACAAAAAUAUGAGUCAAGGUCACUGAGGCUAAAAAUAGAUACACAUCUAACCUUUAUCCUCUUCAAGCCAAUAUCUUUCAUUUUGUUAUGUUGUGACCAGACAUUGUCAUAUAACCUUUGUGGGGAUUAGAUGUCGAUAGGAUGAAGGUGACAAAGGUUGAAAAUUCCACUUUUACUUUAGUUUGGAAUUGUUUAUGGCAAAACAGCACCUGGAAGCAUCCAGAAUUGACACCAAUAUUAUUGUUUUUGUAACAUUUCAAUUGAUUUUUAGAGUAAAGAUAAUCUACAUUUUAUGUAGUUUUUAUUUUCUUUUUGGACAUUGUAACAUGAUCAUAUGCUAAUGUUUACCUUUGCAAGAAAUAAUUAUUAAAGUUAUAUGGUGUGAAAUUGUUAGUGUAUUUUGUGAUUUUAAAGUUUAGAAAAAUGUUAGCAUUAUAUAUGUUAUAUAGUAGAGUUUUAUUUUAUUAUAUUGUAAAUUCUAAUUUUGUAUAUAAUAAACUUCAUUACAGAAUUGUUUUUGUAUUGAAGUUGGAAGUUUGUACAGCACAUUGGGAUCAUUAUUGUAUUGUGUUAUUUUUGUUUGUGGUGAUUUAGGAAAAAACUGAUGAAUCAAAUAUAAUUUGAGAGAAAAUCUUUUCUUUUAUGAAAUUAAACAUGAAAUAAAAAGAUGGAAUUUAUAUGGUCUCUAUUUGGAAGUAGGGUAAAAAAAAGACAAGAAGGGAUGUCAGUUUUGGAAUGUACAUAAUCAUAAUCAUGAUUUCAUUUUCUUGAUAUUUUAAUUUAUCUCAUCCAUAUUUUAAUAAUUUUUUAUUAUUGUAGAAGCACAGCAGUAGUUUGGGGGGGUUUAUAUGUUAUGUACUA